CAAAAUCUCUAUUGCAUGCAGGUCCUGGUUAGCCUGCACAACUACCAGCUCUACCGCCACGUCGAGGAUCCAGGGUGGAGGCUGAGCUGGUUCUGGGCCGGCGACGAGGUGAUCUACGACACGACCGGCGCAGAGGCAACCGAGCAAGGCAACUGCAGCCUAUUUGUGGGCGCCCACAGCUGCGAGAAGCACCCGGUGAUGGUUGAUCUGGCGCGGGGCGUGCCAUAUGCCCGUCAGGUGGACCACUGCUGCCGGGGCGGGGUGCUGUCCUCGCUGACACAGAACAGCGAGGCGGCCACCUCGGCGUUCCUCAUGCACGUCGGCAACUUCAAGUCCUCGAGCGACGGCAUCCCCCAGAAGCCUUUCAACUUCAGCCUUGGGGUGCCUGGCUAUAGGUGCAGUAACGCUACAAUGGUAGCUCCAACGAGGACUCGGAUCGGCAAGCACCGGCACGUCCAGGCGCUGAUGACGUGGCAGGCCACCUGCUUCUACUCGCAGACAGCGGUGGGCCCGUUCCGGGCGUGCUGCGUCUCUUUGCCCACGUUCUACAGCAGGACGAUAGUGGAGUGCCCCCACUGCACCUGCGGCGCCUGCCCAGCUGGGACCUCCACAGCACCGCAGUGCCAGGACGCCGAGAUCCGGUGCACCGGGCACAUGUGCCCGAUAAGGGUGCACUGGCACGUCAAGAAGAGCUACACCGAGUACUGGCGGGUGAAGCUGUCGAUCAACAAUUUCAAUAGGUUCAAGAACUACAGUGACUGGAACAUCGUCGUCCAGCACCCGAGUCUACAGGAGUUGACCCAAGUUUUCAGCUUCGCCUACGAGCCGCUUGUGCAGCGCGGCACGAUCAACGACACAGGCCUCUUCUGGGGGCUCCCACGCUUCAACCAGAUGUUGCCCCAGGAUGGUACUGUGCAGACAGAGGUCCUGCUGAGGAAGGGCAAGGAUUUCAGCUUUUCUGGUGGGUGGGCACUGCCUAGAAAGAUAUACUUCGACGGCAGCGAGUGCGCGAUGCCGCCACCAGACGACUUCCCCCAGCUGCCCAGCAGCAGCCCUGUUCAGCGCUUCUCAGGAGGGCACAGGUGGCUGGCCUCAGGGGCCGUCUUGGUGCUUGGACUUCUGCUGACUUGAGCAGCUCUGGCGCCGCCCCCGGGAACGAGACGUCAUCGACAUCUUCAUUGCAGGUCUUCGGGCGAUGGCUCUCUGCUUGGCGCCUCCACUUCCUCCACCACCUCCAGAGCCGGAUUAGGCACUUGAUACCGACGCGCUGAGGCAUGGCAAGGCCACUUGAGGCGGCUCCCUUGGCAUGUGCCUCCUUUUUUUGAACCCUAUUGUCCUAUGUUUGUGUACUCUGUAUGUGUGGUGUGAAUAUUUUGGUUGGAUGCUUAUGACUAUGGUGGUUUGCUUGGAUGCAUUUUCAUGUAGUUUUGGUUGUCAACACCAUAGUGACUACUCAUGUGGUGUGACUCUUUUUGUUGGAUGCUUAUGACUAUGUUUGUGUACUCUGUAUGUGUGUGGUGUGAAUCUUUAUGUUGGAUGCUUUUAUAUAUUUAACUUCUGUUUC